UCUGUCAAAAUCUUCCAUCUUUGCGAGGCACAAAUUUCUGGGAAAGGUUGAUACUGUUUUGAUGCUACGCAACCGAAAAGGAGGUGUUGUGGUUAACCCCGAACCUUUUUUCGCGCGUACCCAACCGCAAUCCGCUUGUGUGAUGAUAGGUUUAGCGCGUGUGCAAGUGUGCAGGGUGUAGCCGGUGGGACGAGUGCAUAAAUCGUGGGUGACACACUUCCGAAGUCAACAUCUCCGACAGACGCAAUUACGCGUCCCGUAGUCUCGCCCGCGAAGAGAGCAGAGCAAUCGUCCGUCUGCGGCAGUGUGACGGGAAGGGCACGCCAACAGGUCAACAUUGGCGGUGGUGGGGGUAGUGGUGGUAACGGUGGUGUUGCUGUGCGUUCCAAGUGGAAAGCAUCAUUAGCAGCAGGCGGGGAGGAGAAGCAGCGGAGAAGUAUCAUAAUAUGCACCUGGCCAGCUUAUCAGUGAACGCGUAAAAGUGGCGAUUGUCAGCGAUAAUUUGAGUUUUGAGCGCUAUUUCCUCCAAAAGAUGCAGCAAGUGGACGAUCCCCCUUAUUUGACUGUAGGAACGGAGGUUAGCGCCAAAUACAAGGGGGCGUUCUGCGAGGCCAAGGUACGCAAGGUCGUGCGCAACAUCAAAUGCAAGGUCGCGUACAAACAGCAGGGCCUCGGGUCUGGCGUCGUCUCGGACGAUCAGAUCAAGGGCGCACUGCGGGUGGGUGCGACGGUCGAGGUGAAGCAUCCGGAGCGAAAGGAGUACGUGGAGGCGACGCUGACCAAAAUCCAGGACUGCUCGCAGUACACGGUGGUGUUCGAUGACGGCGACAUUACGACGCUCCGGCGUAGUGCGCUGUGCUUGAAGAGCGGACGGCACUUUAACGAGAGUGAAACGCUGGAUCAGCUGCCGCUAACGCAUCCGGAGCAUUUCGGAAACCCGGUCAUCGGUGGACGAAGGGGACGCAGAUCGCGACACCUUCUGCCCGACGAAAGUUCGGAUGAGGAAGACGAACCGACCACCCACUCGCGCUCGAACGCGAGCGACAAGGAAGAGAACAUCGGGAAAGUGGUGUGCGUGGAAACGAGCGACAACAAGAAGAAGAAUCCGAAAGAAAACUGGUUCCCCGGGCUGGUGGUGGCUCCCACUGCCCAGGACACGGUGCGGAUUCGGGUGAAGGACGAAUAUUUGGUGCGCUCGUUCAAGGAUGGCCGUUACUACACGGUCCCGAAGAAGGAAGCGACCGAGUUUACCCGUGACAGUGUGAACAAGUCGGAAGCGGCGGCCGUCUCGGCGGCGAUUCAGUACAUGGACAAUGAUGUACUUCCACCGCACUGGGACCGGGAGGCACUGUUCGGUACUUCCGGCAGCUGUAGCGACUCCGAUCAGGAGCUGGAGACGGACAGCUCGGACGAUGAGCCUACGGAGGAGAAGGAUCACUUCGUAGCGCAGCUGUACAAGUUUAUGGACGAUCGUGGAACGCCUCUGAACAAAGCGCCAUCGAUCACGAACCGGGACGUCGAUCUGUACCGAUUGUUUCGUGCGGUACAGAAGCUGCACGGUUACAAUCGUGUUACGAGUCAAAACCAGUGGAAACAGAUUGCCCUCCGGUUGGGCUUUUCGCCUGCUACGGCCAGCAUAACGAAUUUGGUGAAACAAGCGUACAAAAAGUUUCUUUUUUCGUUUGAAGAGUUCAACCGAAAGCUUGGCUGUACGAUGGUGCCGCAUCCAAAGACUAGUCGCACGAAGGGGCGCAGUCUGGUGCGGGCCAGCUCGGUUCAGUCACCGAAGCUACCGGAAAAGGAAAAGCUACUGACGGCGAAGGAGAAAGCAGCCUCGGUGGCGGCGGCUGAUGCAUCCGCGAAGGCAAGCAGUUCUUCAGCAGCAGCAGCAGCAGCUGCGGCAGCGGCGGCCUCAGCAGCUGCAUCGGCAGCAGCAGCAGCAGCAGCUACGGAAGCAUCCAACUCGGCGGUAGAGGAGUCGGGCAAUACGAGUGAAUCGAGCGCGGCAGAAAGUGCUGUACUGAGACCGAGCAGCACCAAGCGAAAAGCAGGCGGCGGCAAGGUGAAAGCACUGGUGGACAAGUUCGAAGAGAAAGAGAAGGAACGCGACAAGGAGAAAUCGGUUGGCAAAGGAGGAGGCGGUGAGAGCAGUGGGUCGUCCGGUGGUAGCAAAAAGGAGGAAAGUGUAACACCCGCGUCAGCUAAGAAGGAGAAGCAGCUUGGCGGGAAAGCAAAGCCUGCUGAGACGACGGUGGUGGAGAAACGUGGCCGCAAACGGAAGGAUGCUGACUCCGUGGACUCCAAGAAGGACGAACGGGAAACCACCGCAACGGGGGGCAGUAGUGCAAGUACGGGAGGUGCGAACAGCAACGUAAAGCAGGAGAAACAUCUCGCGAGCAGUAGGAAGGAAGAUGGUGGUCCUCCGAAUAGUGGAAGUGGUGGCGGAGGUGGUGGUGGUGGCAGUAGUGGAAAUGGAUCCGGUCCUGGGUCAGGCGGUGGGAGGAGCAUUAGUCCAGGAAGUGCAGUGUCAGGAGGAACUGUUCCCGAUUUCCCGAUCGAAGUAGGCGACAAGCUCAAGGUGUACUACGACGAGCAGAAGGUGACGUACGAAGCGAAGGUGAUCGAGAUCGCCAAACAGGAAGGAAACCCUAUCUAUCUGGUACACUAUACUGGGUGGAACACGAGGUACGAUGAAUGGGUUCGCAAAGAACGUAUUGCGGAGAAUCUGACCAAUAGCAAAACGAAGAAGGGCAAAUCUUCUGGCAAUACGCCGACAGCUGGCGGGCCAUCGACGAAACAAGCAUCGUCCUCCAAUGCUGGCUCCACACUCACUGCGGGUGAUAAAACCCCGAAGAUUGGCAAGCGUAGCCGUGGCAACUCGAAAGGCGAACAGAGCAGUGGUCCGGGCGGAAAUUCUACGCCUCGUUCGACGACCCCCAAUGUGGGGCGGAAUAAAUCACCCGCCACUCCGUCCAACCGAAGGCCGCUCACACGGGGCGGCUCUUCGGCAGCGACGGGUUCGUCCCUUUCCGCGUCUGCCGCCGCUGCCGGUCGGCGCACGUCCAACAACACGGACAUUUCGUCCUCCCUGUCCGUUCCGACCGAUCCGGAUAACACCAGCGACACCGAUUCGGACGAGCCGAUGCUGAAAAAAUGCACCACCAACAGCACCUCGUCGACCACCUCGUCCAACUCGUCGAUUUCCAUCUCGUCGACGAGCACGAAAGUAAGUACAACGGCCGAGGCCGGUUCGUCGUCCGAUGCCGCGGCCAUAUCGGACGAGUUUUCCAACGGAGCAUCCAAGGGUGUUGGUGGUGGUGUUGGUGUUGGUGUUGGUGUUGGCGGUGUUGGUGGUGGUCGUGACUAUGAUCUCAAUCAAAUACGUUCCGAACUGAAGGGUUUCAAGGAGCUGAAGUCACCCGGUUCACCGGCCUCAGACACAACCACAACUACGACGACCACGGCCGGCGCAGCCGAGGGUGGCCCCAACUCAUCGUCCUCCAUCACGGACGUUCCGAAGCAUCUCAUACCGAAGCAAGAGCCGAAUCUGCUGUCCACAACCGAUGUGAAGGAGUCUGUUUCCAGCUCCAACACACCACUGGCAACGAUCAAGAAAGAGCUUGCCGCUGCAGUACCGAUCAAAGAGGAAGAAUCGACCGUCACCGAGGAGGACGAUGAACCGGAAAAGUCGUCCGAAUCGGAAACGCUCAGUGAAGAAGAUUCAUCGCAGUCUUCGAACAAAGCGUUCUCUAGCUCCCCGAUCACAACGAUGGUCGAUUCGGAUACGGCCGAAACUCCGCUGGCUGCUGGGCUUGUACUGAGUCCAAAGAUAUCAUCCUCUCCACCACCCAGCGUGGAACGCGAUGAUUCCUCUUCCACCGAGCCACUCAUCACCGUAGCUAACAAGGCAGCGGACGCAAAGGCCGCCUCGCUGGAGAAGGCAGCUGCUGCAAGCAGCAAAAAGGAACAGGCUGAGGGUGGAGCGGGCACCGAAAAGGCAGCCUCUGCUUCAGCGACGCCCGGCAAACCUCCAGUCAAGACGUACGGUACAGCUGCAACGAUCAUUGCCAAUUCGGAAAAGAUAGCAUUUUGUACAGUGCGCGAUGCGGGUUCGGAAAGUGAGCUGAUAAUACAACCGAACGCCGCGGCACCGAAAGAAUCCGUGCAGGAAUCGCCUCAGAAAAAUCUUCCAUACCCAACCCCUCAGACGGUGGGGAUGUCUCCUUCCCUACCAGCGCGUACGAAAACGGGACAAAAAGAGGAUGAUAAACCAGCUGUUGGGGCAGUUAUGACGUCUCCCUCUUCUACAGCCAGUCGAACAUCCGGCACUUCUUCACUAACACCGGUAAAAGCAAGCUUUGGAGCGUCCCCAUCGGCUACGGCUAGCAAUAAUAGCAAAGAGGAAUCAACGAUUGCGUCUUCCCAAAGUGUAAUCAUGGCGGCCGGAAUGGGUACGCGUGCUAUAAAGUCACCCAAGUCAUCUCCCUCGACAGCAACACAGUCGACGGCAGCACCAGAUGAAGGUAAACCUGCAACAUCGACCGGCGGGCCAGCAAGCGUUCAAACGCCAACGAUCACCAGCUUUGGAUCGUUGCGUGGCGAUAAAAAGCAAGGCAGCUUGCAAUACUCCGGCUCGGGACCGACCAUGGAGAGGAAAUUCAUCCUUGGACGGGAAGGUUCGUCAGCAUUUUCGUCACCAUCAAACACUGCUUCCGCACAAUCUGCACUUUCCGCAGCACCGGCGACACCGAAGCAUGGUGGUGGCGGUUUGCUGGGUGAGAAAAAACACUUUUCCUCGUCGACGCUAACGCCGGCACAGAACAAGCUGCUCAGCAAGGAAGCCCUAUCGAUCAAGUCGAUCUUUGAGUCGACCGCGAAUCGGAUGGAUGAAAAGAUUUCCGACGUGUAUGAGUUUGAGGACGAGUACGACGAUCAGGAUACGGGAAGCGGUGCUCUUGGCGGUGUGGGAAGUGCCAGCGGGACCGCCGGUGGCGGAGCAACAGUUCCACGAAAGCUCGUAUCGGACGUUCCACCUGCCGAGGUUGUCAGCUCACUGUCGCUAACACCGUCUUCAGCAUCUUCCACUGCGACGGACGAAAAGAGGAAGAAACCAUUGCAACGUAAAUCGAUGGCGGCUUCGUCGCUGCCGGAUCCAUUGGAUACGACCGGCUUCGGAACGGGUGGCUACAGCCCGGCCACAAAGCGAGCAAAGAAACCGUCCCCUAUGAAGCCGGAACCACCGGCAGGGUCGGAAAACAAAUCACCGAAAGGGGCAGGCGGUUUGUUACGCCGCGAGACAAAGGAAAAGGAGGAUAAGGAGCAGAAACUUCCGGUCGAGGCUGAAACCGCAGCGCCAAGUGCGGAAGUGCAUCGCACAACGAUAUAUUCGGCGGAAGCACUUAAAGAAAAGUCGACCGUGAAGGUAGCAGCGACCCCGACCGGUCCACCGGUUGUCACUACCUGCUCUCCAGUCGGGCUAACGACGGCCUUUGUGCAAACCCCCGUAAAGAGUGACUCAACGUUCGAUGUGCUACGGAAAUCGCCCAGCUUCAAUCUGGUCACGCCCGGUCCGCUGGGAGCGAAGGAGGAAACGUUUAAAUCGCAGGACGAAAUCGAAACCAAACCCACGCCGCCACCACUGCCAGCAACGACAACUCCUGGCAUCUUUACGCCAGUUAUUUCAGCCUCGUCAGCUGGUAGUGGUGGAGUGGGCGAUCGGUCCAUCUCUUCGGCGCUUUAUCCGCACGGCAAGGGCCCGUCCACGUCGGUGCUGCUCGCGAAAGCCGGCGACGACAGUCCGAAGGAGGAGCCGACAUUGGAAAAUUGCAAGAAAUACUUUAACGAUAUGAACUUUGAGUUCGACGCGCCGACCGUGAAGAAACCGCCGUCCAUUGCGGACAAGGUGCUGAAGGCUUUAAGUCAACAGCAGCAGCAGCAGCAGCAACAACAGCAGCAACAGCAAGCGAUAAAAUCGGAAAAGCCAGAGUUCCCGAAGUACAUGUCAAGCGUGAUGCAUCACCACUCUCUCCCGAGCACACCGAAAUCGAUCAUGAACAGCGGGCUGCUGUCCUCACCGGCGAUGGAAAGUGGUACGCCAAUGUCCUUCGCGUCCGCACCACAUCCAGCGAUCAAAUCGGAAGCUAUAGGCAGCAUUGGAGGUAGCAUUGCCACCACCAUAUCGUCCUACACGUCAUCGGUGACGGUUAGCGGUCCCCCGUCGAAUGCGGGAUAUUUGAGCAAUGAGGUGCUAAGUUCGGCAAAAUCCCACGAAACAAGUACGACUCUCGGCAUGAAGAAGGAACCGGAAGAAUCGCACAAUUCAAUAGUAAAAUCUGCGCCGAUCAGUACCACCGAUCCAAAGACGAGCCAUCCACCGCAAACACCACCAUCCAGCAGCAGCGUGAGCACUACCACCCCCACUCCCACCAACACUGGCGGCGGUCAUAAGUUGCACACGCUUGAACAAAUCCCCACAUCACGCAGUAAUGAUCUAACUGAAACGCUUCGAAAACUGGAUCCGGAUCCCAGGUUCGCACACGACGAUGAAUCUACGGACAGUAACGAUUCUGACAAUCGGUUAAUCAUUGAGGACGCAGAAUCGCAAGGUAGCGGUGAUCCCGUGCCAGCUGUCCCGGCGGCACAUCCUCCACCGGCAGCACUGACGAGCUCCGCCGCCACGCCCAGCACGGCAGCGGUGAUAGUGCAUUACGACAGCAAGCAGCCCGUGCCAUCGUCGGUGAUUUCGGCCAAGAAGGAGCUGUUUGAAGAGAGGCCACGGUCUACUGCUGCCUCCUCAUCCUCCUCCUCCUCCAUCACGCACGAAAUGGCUUCCGCAGCGUCAGCAGCUGCCGUUGCCGCCGUUGCGGAUAAGGAGAAGCUGAUCCUGAAACAAGACCGAGCACCAAGCACAACAACAACAACCACAAUAACACCGGACACGCCGUCCCAAACGAAGGAAGAACCCGUAAAACCACUGUCUGGCGUAUCUUCACCUGCAACGACGGUGGAAAAGAAGACAUCGAGCGGUGCAAAGCAGAGCCUACUGGAGACAAUCAUACAGAUGAACACGCCCGGCCGUGGCAUGAGCUCCGAGGAGUACUUGAUGCACAAAGUACACGAACAGCAGCAGCAAUCAUCGGUGCAGCGUGAUGCAGAAAGUCGUAAGGACGCUGCCGCCACAGCUCAGAAGCUUCACGAUAGCGGUGCUGUGCCAGCAUCAACGUCCGUGAUAACUUCAACGGCAUCAGGCGACCCGGUAGCAUCCUCCACCACGCAAUCUCCAAAACAGGAGCAGCACAAUGCUCAAUCGCAAGCCCAGGCGCCCAACAAUGAAUCACUCUCGUUGCUUCUCUGCGAGGAAACGAUACCGGGCUCACCGGCGCCCAAGGACCAGGAUCGAUUGCCACCGUCCACGGUCGGGCGUAAGGUGUACGCCGAGCCACCGUUGGUUCCGACCUCAACAUCUUCUUCCUCAUCGUCCUUCCUUCCACCGCAAAACAUUCAAACGGCCACCGAUCUGAAACCGGUUCCGAUGGAUCUAGAACCACCGGUAGUAACGAUAACAAUCGGUGGCAAUACCACGAUCAGUAGCACCAGCCAGAGUGGUGCAGCGGGUGCUUACGCUUCCAAUUUGCAGCAGCAGCAGCAGCAGCAGCAACAACAGCAGCAGCAAGCAUUAAGGAACAAAAUAAACACCAGCGGAGUUGAGUCCACUGUCGACACGCCAAACAGCUCUCCAAGGGAUUCCGUUAGCCAGGAUGAGACACACGAUCACGAAUCGUUGUCACCGGUGAAGAAACGGCGCCAGCGAAAACCGAGCGAAGAGCCAACGCUCAAACGCCGGCGAACGGUCAACACCAGCCUGGGCGGAUACGGAAGUGCAAACAAUGGUUCCAACAGUGGCAGUGGUUAUGGCCGUAGUCAAAGAGGUCUUACUACAAGCAAUGCGACAGAUAGUGAGGAUAAUUCCGACACUAUAGCGGCAUUCCAUCGAUCGUCCUCGUCGACGUUGAUCUUUGUCGGUAGCAAAACGGGGCGUCCCUGUCAGUACAAUUUUCUGGUCAAUUUAGAUCCAUCCCUGAACAGCAAUCAGCGGAUAGUGAUAAUUAAGAAAAAGAUCCAGGAGCUGCGCAAAACGUACAACUCGAUCAAGGCCGAGCUGGCCAGUAUCGAUCGCAGGCGCAAGAAGCUUCGCCGCCGGGAGCGAGAAAACAAGAAGCAAGCCAAACUGAACAGUGCCAGCGCCGGCAAUAACUAA